GAGGCGCAUGGUGUGCGGGUGGAGACUAUUUACUUGUUUAGUUGCUUCCGUCGAUUCAUAAGUGUCAUACACAUGGGCACACAAGCGCGUGAGAUUGAAAUGAAAGAGAUGGUUGGGGGCUGCUGUGUCUGCUCUGAUGAGAGUGGCUGGGAUGAAAACCCGCUGGUCUACUGUGAUGGAGAAGAUUGUGAUGUUGCUGUCCAUCAAGCCUGCUAUGGUAUUAUAAAUGUGCCAUUGGGUCCCUGGUUCUGCCGCAAAUGUGAAUCACAAGAGCGUACUGGCGUUGCGCGGUGCCAGCUGUGCCCCGGCAAGGGCGGCGCGCUCAAGCGGACGGACGCGGACGGCUGGGCGCACGUGGUAUGCGCCCUCUACAUCCCGGAGGUCAGGUUCGGCGACGUGGCCAGCAUGGAGCCGAUCUUGGUGUCGAUCGUGCCGCCGGAUCGCUUCAGCAAGCAGACCUGCUGCCUCUGCGAGACGAACGGUCGGGCCAGCAAGGCGGCCACUGGCGCCUGCAUGAGCUGCAACAAGGCCGGCUGCCGCCAGAGCUUCCACGUGACGUGCGCACAGCUGAGCGGCCUGCUCUGCGAGGAGCAGGUGCAGAGCAUGGACAACGUCACCUACUGCGGCUACUGCCCGCACCACUACGCCAAGCUGAAGCGCGGUCACCACGUGAAGGCGAUCCCGGCGUUCAAGCCGACGCACGAGCCGGUCACGCCGGACGCGUCUCCGGAGAAGGCGCCGGUGCCGGUGCUCGACGACGCCCGCACCGAGCGCCGGCGGAACGCGCGGUGGGCGCGCUGCCCACGGCCGCCCGUCGGCGCCACCCUCUCUGCUCAGGUGAGCGGCCGGACCCGGUGUGGAGGCGCCCAGCCGGAGCCACACCAGUAG